AUGUCCACGGGCUCCCAGGGGCCGCAGCUGGAGGUGCUGGAGCAGUAUGGACGGAGCGGAUCUGUGGAGUGGUGUUACCGUGUGGAGGGGGAAGGAGUCCAGAGACAGAGACUGGACCAAGACCUGAGACCGGGACCCAGACCAGAGACCGGACUGCUGAGGCUGUUUAAGAGUGUGUUCCUGCCGCAGGGUUUUCCACACAGCGUCAGUGAAGACUAUGUCCAGUACCAGGUCUGGGACACAGCACAGGCCUUCUGCAGCUCUCUGUCUGGGACUCUGGCAACUCAGGCCUCCCUCAGAGGGGUGGGAGUGGGGGACCAGAAGGCCACCGUCGCUGCUGCUACCACCACCUGGCUACUCCGAGACGGCACAGGGAUGUUGGGUAGGAUCCUUUUCGCUUGGAAGAAAGGGACCAAAUUGGACUCGGAGGCCAAAAAGUGGAGGCUGUUUGCAGACUUCCUGAAUGAUGUGGCCUUGUUUAUGGAGAUCCUGGCACCGUUCUUUCCCACCUUCUUCCUGUGGAUCGUGUGCACAGCCGGAGUCUUCAAAUCUAUUGUGGGUGUUGCCGGAGGAGCCACUCGCGCCGCACUCACGGUGCAUCAGGCGCGAAGAGACAACAUGGCCGACAUAUCCGCUAAAGACGGCAGCCAGGAGACCCUGGUGAACCUAGCUGGGCUCCUGGUCAGUCUGCUCCUGAUUCCUCUGGUCACUGAUAAUCCUCCGCUGACGCUGCUGCUCUUCUCACUCUUCACCGUCCUCCAUCUUGUGGCUAACUUCAAAGCCGUGCGCUCGGUCGUCAUGGAAACGUUCAAUGAGGAGCGGCUGCAAGUCGUCUGGACAAACUUUGUACAAACGGGAAAAAUCCUGACGCCGCGAGAAGCAAACGCUGUAGAGCCGCUGCUCAACUGGUGCAGUGGAACGGUUCCUGUUCGUCUCGGGGUGAAGCUCCAGGAGCUGAGGCUCAGUGCAGAACACUUCCAGAGACUGACUCAGGCGGUGCAACAGAGACGUUUCCUCAUCGCUGUGAGAGACGGUUGUGUGUUUGUGGUGCUACUGAUCGGAGCCUCAGUCACAGAUGAGCUCCAGUCCAUGUGUCAGUGUCUGAGUCUGAGGAAUCUGAUGACACAAAGACACACAUAUGAUCAGUGGCAGCUGUUGGAGCAGAGUCGACAGCAGUUGGACAAACACUUCCCUUCAUUCCUGAAAUCGCUGGAGAACACGCAGUGGGAAACGCACAGAAACCUGCUGGACGCAGACGAGUGGAGGCUGGACUUCAAAUCUAAACACAACUGA